AUGGCAAGUACCACGCAUCGAAUCCAACAUGCACAAUUUGGGAAGGUAUUCUCGACAAUCUUUGGAACGAGGUGCACACAGCGUGUCUCUGAUUGUGGAAGUGCAAUUGUUGAGACUCGACACCCUGGUUUACAGAUAUUCUACUUGACUCUCAUAACUGGAGGCAUCGGUAUCUUCUUAUACCAGACAUGGCAUCGAAUACCUAACGAAUAUCUAGGUCGAAUUCACUUAUUUGGUAUUCCUGCUACCAUAUCAACUGUAUACUACUCCUUCAUCAAGGCUUCCAUCACGGAUGCAGGAACCAUCACGAAAAAGAAUAUGGAGAAGGCUGGUCGUAUAUGGGAUUUCGACUAUAUAUUGUAUACUCCGAAAGAGUGCUCGACGUGUAAAGUGGAUCGGCCGGCACGAUCCAAACACUGUUCAGUAUGCAAGAAAUGUGUAGCUCGAUUUGAUCACCACUGUGCUUGGAUAAACAACUGCGUCGGCCACAACAACUACCGAUACUUUCUCCUCUUCCUCGUCUCCACAUUCUGGCUUUGUGUCUAUGGAGUCUACUUGAUGACCUUCAUCAUGAUAGACUCUGCAAAAAAGCACAACUACUUCCAAGCCAUGACAUAUGACUUUGAAACCCGCUCACGAAGGAAGCUCUUUAUGCAAGAGAUUGUGAUGCUCAUGAUGGCACAAGAGAUUGCCUUGUUUGGAUUGAAUCUGUUUGCUGCCAUGGCAUGCCUUGUAGUUGGUGGCUUUUCAAUGUAUCAGAUUAGCAUGGUCCUGAAUGGAGUGACGACAAACGAGAGCUUCAAAUGGGACGAUCUAAAAGGAGCCAUAAACUCCAAGGAAUUAAAAGUGGUCGAUUCACUACUCUUAUCAUAUAAUCAAAACUACGGGGCUCUGGUGGGAGAACAGUAUGCCAAGGGACUACGAGUCACGAAUCCUGAAGCUGGUCUUGUCGCCGCCUCUCGAUUAGGAAUACAUACAUCCACUACACCAGAAUCACCACCUCCCAAAUCAAAAGCUACUGAUGGUGGAAUCCAUCAUAGAGGAGCAUCGGCCAAGAAACGUGUUAAGGGCAUUGCUCCAGAAAGUGGUGAUACUCAAAUACUGGAUGAGAAGGAUGCCAUUCCAAUCAAGACGACAGCAUUGACGAGUGUCAAACAGAUACGUAAUAUUUAUAACCGUGGCAUGUGGAAUAAUCUCAUGGAAGUCAUACUUCCAACACCAAUAUAG